AUAUAGUUCACCCAAUUGGAAAAAACCGUUAUCUUCAAAUUUUGCCCCAAAACAAGAAAAAUCAAAACUUGAAAUCUCCUUCGCUCUCUCUCUCAAUUACAAACCCUAAAUCCUCAAAUGUCAAAAACCCUAGAAUCUCCACGAAAUCACCAAACCCUAAAAAUCAUCAAAUCGGCAAUCACUUCAAGACUUCUCCUUUUAUCACUAAUCCUCCUCUGGCGCACCCUCAUUGAUCCAUACGACACGUCGUCUCCUCUGGACCCCAAUUGCCUCUCCACAGACGAUCAACAGGAAGAACGACAUGUCAUUCAAGUUCCUCGAAUUGGGUCUGCAAUAGAGGGCAGUAUUGUAUGGGAUAGCGUCUAUUUUGUCAGAAUUGCUCAAUGUGGAUAUGAAUAUGAGCAAACUUACGCGUUUUUGCCUUUGCUUCCUGCUUGCGUUGUCCUUUUUUCACGUACAGUUUUAGCGCCGCUGGUUUCAGUUAUUGGGCACAGGGCUGUGCUUGCAUUGGCGGGUUAUUUGGUUAAUAAUGUUGCAUUUGUGCUCGCGGCAGUUUAUUUUUACAGGGUUUCAGUUAUUAUUUUGAAGGACCCUGAAGCAGCAUUUCAAGCUUCAAUUUUGUUUUGCUUCAAUCCAGCUUCCAUAUUUUAUUCAUCAAUAUACACUGAGAGUUUAUAUGCAUUAUUAUCUCUGGGAGGGUUGUACUACUUAAUAUCUGGUGCAAGAAAUGUAGCUGUUCUUUGGUUUGCUCUCUCUGGCUGUGCAAGGUCAAAUGGAGUGCUUAAUGCUGGCUAUCUCUGUUUUCAGACCAUGCAUCAAGCUUAUGAUGCUGUAUUCCUACAAAAACGUGCUUAUUUGGCAGUGAAGGUUCUCAUUGUUGGAGCACUGCGUUGCAUAUGUAUUUUCAUUCCCUUUAUUGCGUUUCAAGCAUAUGGCUACUACAAUAUCUGUCAUGGGCAUUCCUUGGAUGAAAUGAGGCCUUGGUGCAAAGCCAAAAUACCUUUGCUGUACAGUUAUAUCCAAAGUCACUAUUGGGGAGUAGGUUUCUUGAGAUAUUUUCAGUUGAAGCAGCUGCCAAACUUUCUACUUGCAUCUCCAAUAUUAUCUCUGGCAGUUUGCUCUGUUCUCCAUUACGUGAGGUCACAACCUGAGAUAUUUUUCUCACUGGGUUUUCGAGCUCCUAAUGGAGAGAAAAGGCCUACAGCUUCACCAUUGUCUCUAGAUAGAGUUCCAGAAUCAAACAGCUCUGAUUUGAAGGAGAAAUCCUCUGCUAAAAUGCAAGAUAAAUACACUGUUAGGGAGAGGAAGCAGAGGAUCAAAGGGGAUAAUUAUGUACUCCUGGAUGAAUAUGAUUCAUUAGAGAAGCCCAGAUACUUGUCUACCUUUAUUGUCCCAUGCACUCUACAUCUGUUAUUCAUGGCAGCCACAGCAUUUUUUGUCAUGCAUGUACAGGUUUCCACUCGUUUCUUGUCAGCCAGUCCUCCUCUCUAUUGGUUUGCAUCACACCUACUGAUAUCUCCUGGUACUGGUAAGAGAUGGGGAUACAUGAUCUGGACAUAUUCUACAGCCUACAUCCUUCUUGGCAGUUUGCUCUUUUCAAACUUCUACCCUUUCACUUGAAACUUGAAUGGAUUCUUCCUGUUUAGCAAGAUGCAAGCUUCUCCUGCUUGUCGAUUGUUGCCAUUUUACUUGGCCAGUUGAUUGUCUGGAUGCAAAACCACGGUGGAAUGGAAGUGCUGGUAAUCAUCAAUCAUGCUGUUGAAAAUGCCAGUUUCAAAGGUCCUGGGGUUCUUUCUCCGCUUUUCUUGUAAAACCAUGCAGUGAGAUACAUGAUUCACGAGUGGUUUUGAACAGAGCUCUGGCAUGAGUUUUUAACAUAUUUUGUGGGUGAGAGCAACCUUUUGCACUGCUGCGUGAUUCGAAGAGUUGCUUAUAGAAAAGUUUUGAUAAGAAAUUUCACGAGUUUUGGUUUAGUUGAUGAACCGUAAAUCACUGUAUUUCUAUGCCACGUCAUGGAAUCCUGAGUUUUUGCAUUACAAGAAAUCAUGAAUAAUAGAUGAAAGUGUUCUCUCCUUUUCUUCAUAA